AUGGUCCAGGAGUACCCCGCUUGGGCGAGUUUCGGAACUGGUUGGCAGGGAGCCGGAGCGCUGGCCCCCACGGCAGCUGCCUUCAUCUCGCAAGGACGACUUGUUUUGGUACCUCAAGGUCGCUCUCUAAACGUGUACCGCCACGGCUUAACUAGUUGGCCGGGAUCGUCACCUUCAGAGACGACCGGCACGGCACUGAUCCUGCAGCGACGUCUUCAGGCGCACGAGGGGCGCGUCACCGGCGUCGACGUGCUCGCUCCAGUCAACGUCUUUCAAGCCGUGUCCGCCUCGUUGGAUGGAACUUUGCGGGUAUGGGACCUGGAAGAGGGUACGCUGCUGCGCACCAUUGAUUUGGGCGUGCCUUUAUGGAGGUGUCUUGUGGACUCCCAGCAAGGGCGCACUUGCUAUGUGCUCGCGAGUGCCUCGGACGGCACUGCAGCUGCGCUUGCGAUGAACUGGUCUGAGCGAGCUACCGUGUCACGAGCUCCUAUUCAAACACAAGCCAUAGGCCCGGAAGUUGACAGGCCGGUUCAUAUGGCAACUGCUGCCUCGUCGGAUGCCGGUCCGGCGUCAUCUGCCCAGCCUAGUGGUAGCAAUGAGCGGAAACACCUCUCACGAGCAGCAGCUCGGGCCUGCUUUGUCGCUCGCGUUGACCUGCGUACGGGACGCUGGAAAACGUUGUUCCAACUGCCUUUUGGCGAGGCUUGUAUGGAUCUGAGCGCCGAUGGACAACUGUUGGUGGCAUCUAGCGGCAAUCAGCUCUAUGUUUGGCGCAGCGGGGCACCAGGCGAUGUGCGUCGCUGGGAGCACACCGGUGCUCCUGUGACUACACUGAGCAUAGAUGCCAAGCGGGAGCGUGUUGCAGUUGGCGAUAGCAGUGGCGUCAUCAGCGUGUACCAGUUGCAGUCUCUUUUCCAGUCCGUAGACUCCGAGCAAAAGCAGCAUUCCCAGGGUGCACCGUUGCGACAGCGUUGGCACUGGCACGCUCGUCCCGUGCGAGCGCUCUGCUUCGGUCCAGGUAGUAGUAGUACGACGCUCUUCUCCGGGGGUCACGAAGGCGUUCUGGUGGAGUGGCACCUGCAUCAAAUCGGCAACCUGCAACCGACCAAGCGCUUCUAUCCGCGACUGGGUGGCCCGAUUCAAGGCAUCGCUGUGGAGCCGCAGACCCAAACCGCAGCGCUAACGCUCUAUCCAGGAAGUCUGAUCGUCGUACAUCUGCCAUCCUAUUCGAGCCGGACUCUUUUAAGAACGGUGAUCGCUCCGUUUCCCGGCAGUGACAGACAGGAGGCGGUGGCAAGCGAACUCCGCUCCGACGCCAAGACUCGGCCUGGGUCAGCGACACGUCAGGUUGGUGCCUCUCUAGAUCCCAUAUUGAAUGUCCACUGUAGGAUGCAGACCGUUUCCUUGAUGCCGGCAGUUUGUCUGGCAUCGAAGCCUGGCACAGUGGAACCUAUGCUUGUGUACUCCAGUCCCGACGGAGCGCUUUGUGUGUACGACAUCAUUCGCGAUAGCGUGACUGACGUAUUGCGAGUAACGACAGCGCCUCCUGUCGCUAUCGCUAGGAAUCCGCGAGCGUACCCAUUUGCCUUCCAUCUGGACGAAAGCGGCUGUUUUCUCGUGACAAGCGAAGAGAAGACGCCUCUCGGGGAGCGAUGGCUCAAUAUGGCAUCCCUCGAAGCGCGGACAAGUCGGCAAGUAUGCCUCCGAUUCUGGUGCAUUCCCCCAGCAGCCGCAAAAGCAUCGGUAACCGACACAAACGAAGCCGAGCUGCAACUGCGACCGUGCGAAAGCGUGACGCUCCUGCAUCGCGACCCGCUGGUGCUUCUAGCGGUGCGGCACUCGCAGGCAUUUUCUUUGGACUGUUCGGGAACCUGGGCGGUUUGGCAAUGGACCCUUGGCAACGUCGCAGGAACGCCUGUGCAGGAUACCUCGCAGGCGAUCUGGUCUGUUCACGCAUUCAGUACUACCAAACUGCGCUGUCCGGUGCGUUUGGUUGCGGCGCUGCUCACGAGAGACGCCUCCUUGUUGGUUACGCUCCGUGCAGAUGGUGUCCUGCAGAUCUUUGCGGUGCAGGAAACGCUCCAGCUUGUGCACCAGGAAGCUGUCUCGGAACUCGUGCAUCAUUUCUUGAGCUCGGGCGACGUCAUCGGGGCCUCGCAAGCACCCCUGAUGCAGCUCGAUGCGUUGGAAGUCGUCGCAUCCGGUCAACUGCUGAUCAGUGUUCGAGGUGAACGAAUGCCGCCCCAGCUGGUGGUAUACGAUAUGGCUCGUGCACAAGUGCGAUGGCGCCUUGUCCUAGCCGCCGACGCUGUCGCCGCGCUGACACCAACAGCAGCACUGGCAACGCUCACGAACGAAGCCUCUAUACCGAUGGAUGUGUUUGCCGUGGCGCUUGCGUCGAUACCAGCGGUACUCCUGUUUCGAGCGCUCGGGGAACCGACCCCGAUGGCAAUAUGGCGGUUGCCCAGCGGCACGAGACCCCGCAUCCUGUUGACCCAUCCGCUGGUGCCGUUGGCGGUGCUUGACGACGAUGCGCAUUUGCAUCUUCCCGAAGGCCCGUUGGAUCCGUUCGCCGAGGAGGAUAUGGCGGUGCUUCGGAUGGCCUUGCUGACGCGUUCCCAGGAAGAGGCGUGGCGGGAAUCGCAAGCGCCCAGCUGGUUUGAGCACCUGCCUACCGAGGACCCGCUGGAGCCUCCAAGAGUGCAAGUCUCGCCGCAAGUUCCCGUGGAAUCGUUGUUAAGCGACACUGUGCCCGCGUUUAUGUCGUUGGAAACGUGCCUGGAUGCACUGCUUGGGCAUCCAGGGACGCAGAUGCCGGCGUCACAGACAGCUGCUACGGUAGAGGAACCUGCGCAACUUUCUGUAUCGUCUAGCGGAGCGCAGCGUUCGCUCCAUAGUCCGCAAGAACCUCCAGAGUCUACGUUACAUAUUCCACUGGGACCUGAAGCGGUGGCGAACAUCCUGGGAGGGCAUGGAGCGCGCUUUCGACAACUUCGGCUGCAGCGACUCAGCGGUUAG